GCCCAACUCAUCUCACACAUCAACGUCUUUCAAAUCUGCAUUACGUCCCGACCUUAGCAGCUCAUGAUCACGUCCCUCGUUAAAGCCUAGGUAGUAGUACUUUGGAUACGCUUCCGUUCACACUUCUCCGACCUCAUUGCUUCCGUGUUCUGCUCUGCUCGGACGUCACACCUCAGCCUUGCUGGAGACUCGGGCGAGAGUCUACAUCUACACUUCAGGAUGGAGGAGCCCGAUCUCCCGCCUCUCUCCCACUCCGCCAUCAUCGCCGCUCAAACACCGCCACGCCCGCGCCCGUCUUUCUUCCUCACCCGCAAACGCACCCAUGCCGAAGUCUACGAUGCCGACCCGCUCCCCACGACAUCAAGCGAUCCCGCACUCUUCUCGUCCGACGAACAAGCCCCCGGCGCCGAGAACUACGCGGGUGGCAGGCGCAAGAAAAGCACAUACAAAGGUUCAUGGUGGGAUCGACACCCACUCAAGCAGGGGAGCAGGAAGAGCGCCAGACCGAAGCGGGAGUUCACGCGUAACUUCGACUCGGGCAUCUUCAUGGGCAGCCAGGACGAGAGUAGCGAGGAGCCGUUGUCUAGUGAUUCGUUCACACUAGAAGACGAGUUCAUCAGAGAUCAGGCAGGGCAACAUCAACACGAGCAGACGCGGAAGACGUGCGAGCCGAGAUCGUUUAGGCUGUGGGCGCAGGAGACUCAUAAUCAAGAACACAACGAAGUGAACAACCAUAUCCCAGGCGAUAGCAUCAGUCCUCGGACGAAACGCGCCCCGAAACCCAUUGAAACAAGGUCAAGGGAGCAUUCAGAAGUCUGCGCUAUUGUCGCCAGGUGUCUCGACCAGGGGAAGGAGGAUGUGGAUUUAUCGUCCAUGUCUCUAACCACCCUUCCCGACGAAGUGACUUCACUCCAAACGCUCGCCAAACAAGACGAGAUCGUCCCUGGAAUGCUCGACAUGGGCACGGACCUCGAACCGCAGUUGCGUGUGUAUCUGGCGAACAACCUCUUCACUCGAUUUCCCACGCCUGUUCUGGAACUGCGGAAUCUGCGCAUGUUGUCGCUGCGGAAUAACAAUCUGACGUCCAUCCCGCCUGGGAUUCGGGAGCUGGUCAAUUUAGAGUUAUUGAAUAUCGCAGGCAACCAAUUGACGGAGCUGCCGUUCGAAGUUCUCGAGCUCACGAGGUUCCAUAAGCUGGGGGAAAUAAUAUCUUCACCUAAUCCGUGGACAGAACCUGAUGUGGCGGACUGGGGCGACCAAGCGGCAGAAGACCAUGACGUGACCCUGGUUCGCACAGAUCUCCGGAAUAUGGUGCAGUGGCUAGUGUCGAGAGUCAGCAAACCUGUGCUGGGAGGCCAAAGGACGGACGGCAAUCCUGGGGUAUCGUCACCGUCGCUAAGCGAGAGCGUGCUUCGACAGUUGGCGAGGCUCGAUCCACAAAUCAAGGUCGACUUUCCAAGCCUGAUGCCCCCUGGGACGUCGGAGAUAGUUCUUGAGCGUUUGCAAAUGCUGCAGGAAUAUCCCGGGAGGCGAUGUGGAUAUUGUGGCCGUCUGAUUGUGAUGGCUGCAAAUGAAAGGUUGGAGUGGUGGUCUACACGCCGCAGGGGCGAACUACCAGGGGACAUACUGCCAUACCGGAGGCUUGAGUGUGCGCAGGGUUGUGGGAAGAAGAACGACCGCGCGACUCGGGGCAGCCCGUGUACAAAGGUGUUGCAUUUGAAGCGCAGCAUGCCGCGAUACCCACUGUUAUCUCCAGGUGUGAUCGGGACGCACAGUGACUCAUGGUUGGGUGAUGCGUAGCACAUUGCAGUGCACACUGCAGAAGUCGACGUUGAGAUACAUGGCUGUGGCCGUUUUCGAUGUAUAGGCGGUCGGGAUGGAACUUCCUGAGCUUCAACAGGGAGAAUCUCUGCGAUUCUCCGCAAGGAACAGUGACAGCCAUAUUGGAUAUCCGGCGGCCUCGGCGAUGAUGCUGCCGUAUUCGUUGGAUGGAAUCCACAUCUCGAGCACACAUCUGCCGCCCAGGAGGGCGCAGGUGAUGUGAUAUGGAGUGUAUGCGUGUAUCUCGGGGUGUCCGGAGCAUCUAACCCUAGACAGAGAAUAUCGAUCGACAUCAUCGGCCAAGCAUACGUGAGGUGAUUCCAUAGGUCUGGGUAUGUAUU